CGUAGCGGAGUGGAUUUUUUUUCCCCCCAUAAUAACAAACUGCUGCUUAUUUGAAGUUUCAACACCUUCAGGACAAAUUUCAGGGUAUACAUGAAGUCCGACUGAAUUUGGCAUGUUUUGGAGAAGUGCAAAGUCAAAAUUGUGUUUAAAGAUGUACACUGCUGGUCAAAAGUUUGGGAUUAGGAAGAUUUUUAAGGUUUGCUGCUGCUGGAUUGUCUGAAUGAAGGGUCUGUGAAGAACAGAGCGAUGAGGUGCAAUCAUUCACUGGCUGCGUCCGACUUGUCUCAUCACGGAUGCCUCAGGAUUGAAUUUCCAAGGCAUUUUCGGGCUGUUACGUGCAGGACCUGCUCCCAGUCUGAGCAGUGAAGAGCUGGCCAGCAGAAUCUCGUCAUGUGUUAGUCUCACAGCAAACACUCCUGCGCCGUCUGUCACACACACAGACUCAUGUGCAUGUGUCUCGCUCUUACUGAGAGCAUCAUUAGCAGACUGACGGCACAGAGUUUGCCACGAUAUUCUAUGAAGAUGUGACUGUUGGAGAAAUGAUGCUGAUGGCAAAACUGGUGUGUUAAAUCAAAAUAUGUUCUGACGAAGCUUCCUUCUGGGUUGGAUUCCUUCUGACUCCAGACACACAGGAACCUCCCUUUCUAAGACCAUGUGUGAGUUCUUUGACCUCCUGGAAGUCCUCAACGCUGCCCGGCUCAGAUUUGGAGUCUGCUCUUCAGUUCAGAGAGUCAUGUUCGUUGAGUCAUGAGAGCUGAGGUGGAGUACUUCAUGAAGAAACGAGCGCUGCUUCUUCUGAAGAGAAGUCUUCUGCGGAGAGCCGGGGAGGACUGGGCUUCAGCUGAAGCUCAGUGUGAAUCACGUGGAGAUCCCGGCCUGACGGAGGACAUGCUGAUCCUGGCAGAUGGUGUGCUACAGGAAGUCACUGCAGGCUGGCUGAAGGAAGUCCCUGUGAAGGCUCAAGCCAGUUUCUUUGGAGGGAACUGUGAUGCGAGUCUCGGCGAGACGCAGAAGGAUGAUGUGAUUCUGAGAGCCGUGAGCCUGAUUUUGCUGAAGUCACUAGAAAUAAACAUCCAGUCCCUCGAUGCAAAGGAUCUCAGAGUGACUUUGAGGUCUGUGGGUAUUAAACAGAGCUCAUGUGGUUCCUCCAGCGUCACAGGACUCUGGUGUCUCCAGACGCUCACAGCUGCUCCUGGGUGUCUGUAGUAUUUGCUGAACAGGAUGACGACGUGAUGGACUCAGCCAAGACUUUGAUUGGCUUGUAUUUAUAUCAGAAAAGGUAAUUCAUUUGUGUGAGUACAGACGGCAUGUUCUGCUCCAAACACACCCCGUGGUACUGAGUCACUGCCUGUCCUUUGUCUUAUCAGGCUGAGUGAACCGCUGAUCUCGCCCUCACAUUGCAGCUCUAUCAGUUGCACAAUUCAAAUGAGGUUAGUCCUUGGGGCGCAGUUUUUGUGCGUGCAUGAGCGAACCCACCGAAUGCCUGUUCACCUCGGGAAGGUAAAGAGGAGGUGAGAGAGGGGAGGAAACAAGUCAAAUGCAAUAAAGCAGGGUGUGACCGCAAAGUAUCUCAAACAAAGAGCAUUCCCGUGGGCCUCCAGUCCCUCCAUGUUACGCACUUUCCCACCGUCAGCAGCAAGCAGCGUGAGAUUAGACAUUUACCUGAGCGCUGCGCUCAACCGCUGACAGGAAGCACAGAUCACAAUGAUUGGGAUGAUUAGUGAGUGGCUUUGGUGGGACCGGCUAUGGCUGCCGGGAAACCUCACGUGGGCCGAUCUUAAAGACGAGGAUGGGCUCGUCUACGCCAGAGCAUCCCACCUCUACGCCACCGUGCCAUUUGCUUUGGGCUUCCUUGUACUCAGAUACCUGUUUGAAAGGUUGAUAGCGACACCGCUUGCAGCUUUGCUUGGCAUUACAGAGAAACCCAGAUACAAAGUGGAGCACAAUGCUGUUCUUGAACACUAUUUCAGUACAAAGUCAAAACACCCCAGACAGGCAGAUAUUGACGGCCUGUGCAAAAAAUGCAGCUGGUCAAGUAGAAAAGUGGAGCGCUGGUUCAGAAAGAGACGAAACCAGGAGCGUCCAGGGGUUCUGAAAAAAUUCAGAGAGGUCAGUUGGCGAUUGGUGUUUUAUCUGGCGGCGUUCGUUGGUGGAAUCAUAGCCCUGUAUGAUAAACCCUGGUUUUAUAAUUUGCGGGAGAUGUGGAACGGCUAUCCCAGACAGUCCAUGCUGGAGUCUCAGUACUGGUAUUAUAUUGUGGAGAUGAGCUUCUAUUUGUCACUAGUGCUCAGAAUAACCUUCGAUGUCAAACGAAAGGACUUUAAAGAGCAGAUCAUCCAUCACUGGGCCACACUGACGCUCUUGGCUUUCUCAUGGUGUGGGAACUACAUCCGGGUCGGGACCCUGGUCAUGCUCAUUCACGAUUCCUCUGAUAUUCUUUUGGAGUCUGCCAAGAUCUUCAACUACGCCAAAUGGGGAAGAACGUGCAAUGGCAUCUUCGUGGUAUUUGCUGCUGUCUUCAUAGUCACGCGACUCAUAAUCUUUCCUUUUUGGAUCAUUCACUGCACGUGGGUUUAUCCACCAGACCAUUACCCACCAUUCUUUGGAUAUUACUUUUUUAACUUCAUGCUCGUCAUCUUGUUGAUGCUGCACACAUUCUGGGCGUAUCUGAUUCUGCGUAUGGUGAAGAUGUUCCUUUUCGGAAGUUUAACCAAAGACGAGAGGAGUGACAAUGAAGAAGAUGAGGAAGAAGACGGGGAAACCAGUGUGACUGAGGACAAUGACGGACAUGUGAAAGUGACCAAUGGCUGUGGAGCAGGAGGCGGGGCUAAUCACCACUGACACCUCUGUUCUCAAACUGUGAAGGACUUUGAAUUGCCCUCAGGGAUGCGAGGAGCCAAAAACAUACAUGUGAUUUAUUGUCCCGCAGAGAAUAUGCCAGAAACUUGUCAAAACAAAUUGCAUCUUUUAAUAACACUGAAAAAAGGCUCCACCCCCCACUUUGCUUCACUGGAGACGACUUGCUGUGUGUCUUGGCUGCUUCAAAACCUUUUCCCCCCUUUCAACUAAAACUUUUUUCAUUAUGGCACAAGAUCACAUGGGUAAUUAUAAAAGAACACUGCGCAAAGAAAAAGAAACUCCUCGUAAGUUUUAAUAGACUCCUCAUUGUUUUUGAAGCUCAAAGAUCACGUCACACUGGCUGCUGGCAUCGUCCAUCGAGGCCUCAUCCGCCGUGCUGUUGAGUUAUACAUCAACCUCUGCUGUCCAACACAUCCUCUUGUGAGAACUAAUCAGAUGAGAUCUCAAGGUUAUGUUCCCUGCAAGUGAUUUUGAAGAAGAACUUCUACUUUCGUAUCACUUGACCCUCUUGACAAGGUGGACAGCAGACGUUGCUUUCUUUCAUUUUAACACAGUGUCUACAUUGGAUGCGUCCAACAUUGUUACUUGAAGUUCACACUGCUGUAGCAAGCUUUUUUUUGUCACUGCAGGCCAUUUUCAGAAACUUUUGAUGGCUGGAGGUCACUGAGUCUCUGUACUGCUGGUUUUUACUAGGCAUUUCUAUGCUUCCUCGGUAUCUGCACUCUCGCAUAGCAAUCUGCUCAACUCAGAUCACCAGCUUUCAUUGAAAACGAAGGACUUCCAGUCAGUCAAUAGUUAACUUCAAAAUUGUGUGCCACAAAACCAGAAAUGUGUUAUUAAAAUAGCUAGUUUUAAAGGUGGUAAUGUGUUUUAACUUUUUUUAAUGUUAAUCUUACUUGCUCCUUCAGACCAGGGUUGGGUAAAUCUCAGAAUUGGCUCUCUUUCAUUUCAUGAGUGUGAAUUCUAUCUAUCUAUCUAUCUAUCUAUCUAUCUAUCUAUCUAUCUAUCUAUCUAUCUAUCUAUCUAUCUAUCUAUCUAUCUAUCAUCAUUCUGUCGUUCGGUCGUUUUAUCGUUUCGGUCUUUCUAUCUGUCGUUCGGUCAUUCUAUCGUUCGGUCGUUCUAACUAUCGUUCUAUCGUUUUUUUGUCUUUUUUUAUUUUUUGUUCGGUCAUUCUAUCAUUAGGUCAUUCUAACUGUCGUUCUAGCGUUCGGUCGUUUUAUCGUUUCGGUCUUUCUAUCUGUCGUUCGGUCAUUCUAUUGUUCGGUCGUUCUAACUGUUGUUCUAUCGUUUUGGUCUUUUUUAUCUUUUGUUCGGUCGUUCUAUCAUAAGGGUCAUUCUAACUGUCAUUCUAGUGUUCGGUCAUUCUGUCGUUUUGGUCUUUCUAUCUUUAGUUCUGUCGUUCUAUCUUUAGGUCGUUCUAACCAUUGUUCUAUCGUUCGGUCGUUCUAUUGUUUCGGUCUUUCUAUCUGUCAUUCUGUCAUUCUAUCGUUCUGUCAUUCUAACUGUCGUUCUAUCGUUUUUUGUCUUUUUUAACUUUCGUUCGGUCGUUCUAUCAUUAGGUCAUUCUAACUGUCGUUCUAGCGUUCGGUCGUUUCGGUCUUUCUAUCUUUUGUUUGGUCGUUCUAUCGUUUCAGUCUUUCUAUCUGUCGUUCGGUCAUUCUAUCAUUAGGUCAUUCUAACUGUCGUUCUAGCGUUCGGUCAUUCUGUCGUUUCGGUCUUUCUAUCUGUCGUUCGGUCAUUCUAUCGUUUGGUCGUUCUAACUAUCGUUCUAUCGUUUUUUGUCUUUUUUAUCUUUUGUUCGGUCGUUCUAUCAUAAGGGUCAUUCUAACUGUCGUUCUAGUGUUCGGUCGUUCUGUCGUUUCGGUCUUUCUAUCUGUCGUUCGGUCAUUCUAUCGUUUGGUUGUUCUAUUGUUUUAGUCUUUCCAUCUGUUGUUCUAUCGGUCGUUCUAUCGUUUCAGUCUUUCUAUCUGUCGUUUGGUCAUUCUGUCUUUCUUUUAAAAUAACUUGUUGGAUAUUCACAUCUGUGAGUGACUGAUUUGGCGAGUGAUUUUAGACUAUUUAAUUAGUUGAAAUGUGUAUGAGAGAAUGACUAUAUAAACUGAAGUAAAUGAAUGAAAGUCAGGCCUUUGCAAGUAAAAUUAUAUGACAAGUCAUUUUAGUUUGUCUGGGGCAAUGCAAAGACCCACAGAUCAACAGAGAUGGUUUUGAGAAUUUAUGUUGUGCAUUUACUGUUUUAUGCACAGAAAGUGUAAAGGAAAGAUUUUGUUUUUUAAUGUCCAAUUCUAUUUUUAUUGUAAUAAAGUUGUUGAGCCAAUA